AUGGACGAGGAUAUCCCAGAGAGUAUCCCAGAGGGAUUAGCUGAACCCCGCUCUGUCGAAAUACCAGCAGGCUUCACGCCAGAGGAGUGGGAGACAAUUACUGAGGGAUUUGACUGCGAGCAAGAUGAGAUCAACAACAUUAUUGCCGAACGUGGCUCUAGUGGCUCCCAAAAAGGGCGCCCUACUGGUCUCACCGUCCCAUUCAAGGGCCAGCUAAGCAGUAGUUCACGCGCUAUUGCCCAGAGAGAUCGUGCUGCUCUAAGGACUCAAGAGGAGAAAGCUCUUGAAAAAGCUAAGGAUUCUGACCGUAGCGCAAAACACCACCUACACAAGAAGGUGAAGGCAUCCAAGGACUACAAUGAGCUGCCAGAGAUCGCCAAAGCUCAGUUUCUGGUCGAUAAGGAAGAGCGCCUUCUUGAACAGCGGUUCAGUGAGAAGCGUAGUGCUGAGUGGCUAGAGCAAGCCUUUCGGAUGGCCCAUAAGAAAUGGUCCAAGAUCCAAAACGAGAUUGACAAAAGGCGACAUAAGAAAACCCUUCACCGCGUUCAAGAGGCUAGUAAGAGCUCUUCAUCUCAGCCACGCCAGUCUCGUUCUACUACUCGCCUAUUUGCCUCUGGUGGUGCUCUGGAGAAGCUCCUUCGCGAUGAAUACCAGAAUGGGUUACAUAAGCUCGAAAAUAACUCAUUUGAAAGUAAACAAGAGAAGGAUGAGUGGCAGGCUUUUGUUGAAGCACUUUCUCCAGAUGAGUUAGCUCUAGUCACUGAUUCCCAAUGGGAGAAACGCGAGCCUACACCUAUCCAUGAUCAGUUCGACCCAGACAUUGAGCUAGCCGAUAAUAAGCCUUACAUUGAAGGUUAUGGCAGCGAUGAGUGUGAGGAGGAAGUAGACGAUGAAGACGAGGAGGAUUUUAAUGGUACUAGUGACUACCUUACAGAUGAGCAAUGGGAGGAUUUGAAAGCUCAGGGAGCUGAGCAAGAUGAAGAAGAUGACAGGUUUCAAGAUCAGGAGGAGUCUGAGUUUGAGGGGUUUUCUGACGACGAUGAGGCAUAAGCUGCGGCGCUAUUAGCUAAUAGGGGGAUCAGCAGCAUGGAAGUUUCUUAUCACAGCCAAUUAUCACGCUGUAGGCCUGUUUAGCUUGUUUUCUUUUCGUUUCAGUAUGCC